CUCGUCUCUCUCCAACGUCGUCCUCAACGCCCGCGACGACGAGCUCGGGCCGGCGCGCGCAUCCAGGCAGGGCGGCUUACCGGUCUCACACGAUUAGCGGCAGAUUGGAUCGUGCGAUCCGCCUGGCAUGGCAAUCCCGGCCUCGCCGCAUCACACGCACCUCCAACAUCAACAGCAGGACGAGUUCAUUUGCAUAUAUACAGGGUGCUCUCAACGGCCUCGCUGCGCUCAAAUCCGCCCCACCGCCUGCUGCUUUCAUUUGCCAGGGCGGCGUGGUGUCCGUUGCCUGCUCGUGCCUCCUUCGUGCAUAUUCGAGCAUAUCCAUCCAAUAUGGGGAUAGCGGGACUGGCGAGGCGCCUCGAGCCGUACGGCGCCCGCUAUGCCCCGAAAGACCUGGACGGAUACUACGCCAUCGUCGACGGGCCCUCUCUUGCAUACCAUGCACACCAACUGGCUCUGGCCGCGGUGGCUCGCCAAUCUCGCCUCCCCUCCUACGCAGACAUCAAUACUGAGGCUAUUCGCUGGCUAAAGGCUUUGGAGGACAUCAACAUCAAGGUGUCGGCUAUCUUGUUUGACGGUGCUCUUCCAGAGACGAAGAGGGACGAGAGAGUGAGGAGGUUAGAGAGGAACAAUAGGCAAAUCCGAGAGCUGAGGAUCCUCUACCCUACCCAAGGCUGUCCUAUUCCCGCUCGCCUCGGUUCCGUUUCAUAUUCGUUUCUCGCGCCGGCAUUGAGAGAGGCCUUAAACGAUAGCGGCUAUGCUUCCGUCACCAGCAUUGUUCCCGGCGAAGCCGAUGAUUGGUGUACCCCAUACGCCAAUGAUAGCCCUCGCUCUAUCGUUUUCAGUGACGACACCGACCUUCUAUUGUUCGAUUACCCCGCCGAAAGCCUGGUCGUCUUCUUCAGGAACGUUGAGCUCUGGCCCGAACCCAAGUUCAAGGGCUACUCACCCGCCAAAAUUCGCCAGAGCUUAAGAUUGGCUAGCCUCGUCCCUCUUGCAUAUAGCAUAGUCCAGGAGCCCUCCCAUACUUUUAUGGCCCUCCUGCAGGAAGCUCAGAGCAUUGAUACGGAGUCAGAACAUUAUCUCGACUUCAGUAGACGCUAUAGUGGACAAUCUAUAGCCCCAGCCUACAGUUCCAAGAACUCCGAAUUGCGCACAAUGCUGCAGCAUCUCGAUGUCAGGAUUUCGGAAUUCGCCCACCAAGCACUAGAUGUUACUCUCGCACCCACCAUUUACCUCCCGUUACUCGUCGAAGACGCCAACCAAGCAUCCGCCUGGAACAUCGGCCAGGACAUACGUCUCCUCGCAUACUCGCUGCUUGCGUUGGACCGCGUGAUGGUGCAAGAGUAUAAACGGAAAGCCCAAGCCACCACCGUGCAGGAUCUUAAACCCCUCUCGCCUAAAGACGCGCAUGCAGCCGCUGCAGUGCUACAACAAAAUGUUGAGACCUGGCUGCAGUGGAUGGAUGGCCGCCAAGUUCCACAGGAGUUCAUCUGGCCACUGGUUGCAACGAACUUGGUGCUAGUGGACCUGCAGCGGCCGCCGCGUAUUCCUCUCCUGAUGCGCGUGUUAGAGGGCGACUUCGACAACACGUGGGAUUUUGUGCAUCUUACAGCUCGCAUUCAAGCGGCCCUCUACUCGCUCCGGUUCCUAAAGCAAUGCAUCGCAGUUUGGACGGCCACACGUCGAACCAGCUCAAAGCCACUCGAGGAGGCCCUGCGCAAACUUCAGCAAGAUCUGGCGAGCAUGCCGACUAUUGCUGAACUGUUCAUUGUACCGGGUCAGGAGAAGAAGUCUCAUAACAAGCAUGAGCUGUUGCGAGAAGUUCUCCAAGAAAUAUAUGCGUCGCUGAACAUAGAAAUACCAGCUGAGCAGAUAUCCAAUAGGAAGCUGAAGAAGCAGAAAAGGGAAGCAGAGAGGAAGGACAAG